CGCCUACAUAACAGAAUUAAAAUCAUUGGGAACAUACAACAUAUCUGUCGCUGCUUACACUAUUGCUGGAGUAGGGAAGGAGAGUGAAACCAUUACAGUCACCACUACCCUAGGUAAGGAACAGUCCAAAGUGUCAGUCGUCUCUUCGCCGCCCACCCUCCCUCACCCCCGUUGGAUAGUGGGGUGAAGACACGGUUUUUUUUUCAGGCAUAUUUGCAGAACCAUGGUUUGUUGAGAUCUAGAAAUUUUGCUACCAUGGUAACUUGACGUCACUUCUCUCUAUAAAAAGGUCGUGUAAACGGAGUGUUAGUAAAGCGGGAUUCCAUCUUCAUGUGCAAGGAACGUUUCUAUUACAUCAUGAACACGUUCUGCAACUCCAUGGAAAACUUGAUUUUACUAUUUAUCUGUAACGAAACCCUUAGAUUAAUAAACAACCUUUUUUUUGGCUGGUCAUACGAAGGGUCUGGGGAGAGUUUGACAACGCAAGGGAGCCAGAAGAGAGCAGUUAUUUUUUGGAAAGACUGAAUGUUUUGUAGUUUCUAGAGCCCUAUAAAAGGGAGCUGAUAAACAGCCGAUCAACGAUGUCAGCUAAGUAUCACAUGUUUGUCUCUCACAAAACGGUCUGUAAAGUUAAUAUUCCUCUCUAGGGUGGACAUCAGCGGUUAACCCUUUAAACCCUAAGAUCAAAAUUUGAAUUCUCGUUUGUUGCGCCUAUUCAUUUCCUACAGAAGUAGUGAGGAGAGGUUGAUAAAAUAUCAAGAAAAUUCAUUUUGUGUGAUCACGUCCGUAAUUCUCAUAAAAACUCUGGUUUACAAAGCAUUGACAUUGCAAGGAGAAAUUUGAUGCUGAUCACUCUUAGGGCUUAAAGGGUUAACAAGUCUCUGCAGAGCAUCAAUUGUUUGUCCGUUAUCAAACUCUUUACAAAGUGAACACUUUUUUAAGGUGGACAUUAAAGGUUGACCAGCCUCGUCCUCAAGCCAAUUCGCGCUAUCCUAGUGCGCGGAAGAGGCUUGGAACCGUACUCGAUAGUCGUGAGUGACGUCGUACCCGAAUUCGCCGAGGAUGACUGAGAACGAGGCUGAAGGUUGACUGGCCUCAGGUGACGUUUACUUGUUGUUCUGUAACUCUGUUUCCAACUAGUCAUGAACUCUCUUUUUUUUUAUAGAUGCCCCACCUACAAACGUUUCUGUAGUAAAUGUAACAACCUCUUGCGUCAGAAUCAAGUGGGACCCUUUUCCAGUGGAGCAGUUAGGUGAAGCGAUACGAGGUUACCAAGUGUCAUAUGCAGUGGUUGGAGAAUCCAAUGCAACGCAUAUGACUUGCAACCUCACCAGUGAAGUCGAGAUCUGUAAUCUUCCCUCCUAUACCACGUACAAGUACUCCGUAAGACUAUAUUCGCGAAAUAAAUUGGGAAAUUCAAGCGAAGUUCAAUACUUUACGACCCUGGAACAAGGUAAAAUUCAUUUCGCAGGAUUUCCACUGAAGUGGUAGAAAACAAGAAUAGCCGAAAUUUUUGCUCGUCAUUUCUAAAAGAAAGAUGCUCUUUUUAAUUCAUGGUCGAUGAUUGUUAAUAUUAGCAGAUAGAAUAGAUAGUUAUUUCUGCGAGUAGUAAAUGCUUUGCCUUUGUAAAAAAUAUGAAGCUUUGGAGAAGGGGCUGGGGGGGUAGAGGCUCACCUUCUGCCAACAGAAAGAUUAACGGAAAAUUGACGGAAACACUGAGAAGUAGCGACCAGUCUGACUGGCAACUGUCAUAACGCCACUUUGUAUUUUUCUAUCUUUUCCUUUAAGGUCAGAUCAGGCCUGCAUGCAUUCAUAGGUUGAUCGACAAAUAGUGAUAUCAACACCGGCCUUUAGGAAUCUCUUAUUAGCAAGAUUAACUGGGACCGAUUUUCUCCCAGGUCCUCUUAAGAGAGUAUACCUUACAAUAAGGGUAGCUAUUUCUAGGCUAUGUCUCCUGAACCUUUUUAAUCACUUUUCUCGUUGCUUUGUCCGGCUCACCUUCUGCCUACAGAAAGAUUAACGGAAAAUUGAUGGAAACACUGAGAAGUAGCGACCAGUCUGACUGGCAACUGUCAUAACGCCACUUUCUAUUUUUCUAUCUUUUCCUUUAAGGUCAGAUCAGGCCUGCAUGCAUUCACAGGUUGAUCGACAAAUAGUGAUAUCAACACCGGCCUUUAGGAAUCUCUUAGUAGCAAGAUUAACUGGGACCGAUUUUCUCCCAGGUCCUCUUAAGAGAGUAUACCUUACAAUAAGGGUAGCUAUUUCUAGGCUAUGUCUCCUGAACCUUUUUAAUCACUUUUCUCGUUGCUUUGUCCAUAGCACCAAGCUUCCCGCCAACAAACGUUAACUGCCAUAAUGCAAGCUCAACAAGUUUGGCAAUACUUUGGGAAACACCCUCCACGCAAGGAAUGAGUAACAGUUUCAUACGCGGUUAUAAGGUGCGUAUAAGACCUCGUGAAAACAACUCAGAAGAGUGGAGAGACAGUCUUGUGUGUAACAGCUCCCUCAACACUACUAAGGAAGGACUGAGAAUUUUCACCGAGUACGAGAUUCAAGUGGCUGCGUUGAAUGGGGCAGGAAGGAGCAACUUUAGUGAAAGGAUCUUUUGCUUUACUGAUGCGGAUGGUGAGUAAAGAUAAAUGCACUUUUAUUUGAGUGUCAGUGUAUUUAGCACUAAAGAACUAAUUGGGCGGACGCUAUAUUAACCCUUUAAGUCCCAAUUGUGACCAACAUCAAUUUUCUCCCAAUUUUAUCCGUACAUUGUCAAGAGACUGGGUUAUGAGAAUUAAUAAAAUGAUCACCUAAGAGAAAAUGCUUUUAUCUUUUGUCAAAUUCUCUCAACUCAUUCUUUAUGGAAAUAUACAGAGAUCAGUUUGGAGAAUUUGUGUGUGGAUAUUGGGGCUUAAACGGUUAACGUCUCCUACUGGAGACGGGACUGCCAUUUUAUGUGGUCAUCCGAGCCACGCGGUUGAUCAAUCUUAGUUGUUGUUCUUGUUGUUUUUAUGAUGAUCUUUUGCGUGACUUCUCUUGAGCUCCUUUCGUUGGCAUCUUCUUAUAGUUUCGUUUCGCCUUGUUUCAAAUUAUCGUUCUUUGAACUAUCUUCAAAGAUUUCAUUCUUUUCUGUUCUUUGUCCGUUUCAGUAUUGUUGUCAUCUUUAUUUAUUUGCUUCUUUAAAUAGUACAAAAAAGCCCUUUUUAUCUUUUUUCCCGUUAUUCGAUAUACUAGCUUUUUAAAAUACCGCUUAUUAAAAGGAAACAAUCAAGAAACAAUUCCAGCUGCAAAUAGCGACAUAAAAUCCAAAAAAGAGUGAAGAUAAACCAUUAACCAUAAGCACUGCAUUAGGAUGUCUAAAAGAAAGCUCCAAACGGGAAUACAAAGAAUUAUAUUUGUAUUUGAAGAGCACAUUAUCGCUUUCAAGAAACCAGCAUCUUAUAGAUUGUUUUCACUCAUAUGUGGCCAGCAUCUAUCCAAAUUUAUUUUAACAUUUACAAAAGAAAAGAGUUCAACUCCCACAGGACUGGUUUGGUAACACGAACAUGGCGGCCGUUUCAUUGUUUUAGAACAACAAUAUAAUUUGGAGGAAGAAGAAUUCUAAGACCAGAAAGCUCAGAAAAAAUUCCCAGCUCCAGGUGAGAAUCGAACUCACGACCCUCCGAGUUCUAGUUCGGACGCUCUAAUCACUAAACUACUGGAGGCUCUAUGCCGAGCAGGGUGGACAUUACCGCCGUGACGUCAUGUGAAAACUUUCUGUAACACGUGAUUUCACGGUCGUCGGACUAUGACUCUGGGAGGUUACCUCGCCGCCAUUUUUAGCUAGAACUUUAUAGAGUGUUUUCACUCACGUGGCCAGCCUCUAUGCAAAUUUAUUGGAACAAAAGAAAGCGUUUGCAUAAGAAAAGAGAUCAACUCCCACAGGAUUGGCUUGGGACACCAACAUGGCCGCCGUUUCAUUGUUUUGUGACACCAAUAUGGCCGCCGUGACCUCAGGUGAAAACCCUCUAUUGAACGGGAUUGUUUGUUUACUUUUUAGUUUGUUGUUUAUUGUUUACUCUUUUUAGUCCCUCAAAGUGGCCCCUUAAACGUCACCGUUUACAACUUGAGCUCGGCAAGCAUACACAUCCAGUGGAGCUCAGUUCCCGAACCGCUGCGCCUGGGGAAUAUUAUCCACUAUGUAUUCAAUAUAACAGAAGUGCUUACAGGGUACACCAGAGUGCUGAUAUUCGAUGGAGAUGUGCUGAAUGCUACGGUGGGCAAUUUGUCAAAAUACACUGAACACGUGAUCAUGGGAGCAGCGGUCAACAGCAAGGGCCAAUCAAACUUCACCUCUGCCACCAUUAUUCGCACGAAUGAAGAUGGUAAGUGUACAAGGCUGAACACAUUUACCGUAAAUCCUCUAUUAAGUUCCCCCCCACCCCCAUCUCAGUUAAGCCCCCUUCCUCUAAUAAUCCUUCCCCCCACCUUUUCAGGGGAAGAAUAUUUAUAAGCCCCCUUUCUAUAAAGCCCCCCUCCCCUCCCCUAAUAAUUCUUCACUAGUAAAUAGACUGUAUUAAUCAAUCACGACUGUUUAACUUCGUGUGGACUGAUCCGGGAUGGUUUAUUUACCAACUGAAAGUUCGGAUUUGUUUUGGCUGCAUGACCUCCCACUUCUUGCACUUGAGCUUAUCCAUUUUGUAUUCUAGUUCUUUUUGGAGAACUGAUACCAUCGUCUUUUCUAAAUUAAAUUAGCCCUCCCUCAUAAAUAAGCCCCCCAUUUCUGUUAAGCCCCACCCCUCUCGAAUGGUCUUGAAAUUAAUAAGCCCCACGGGGGCUUAAUAGAUGAUUUACGGUAAGCCUUCUACCGUAAAUUGUUUUUUUAACCCUCUAAGCCUCAAGGGUCACCAACAUCAACUUUCUCCCAACAAUAUCACUGCGCAAUUAUGAGGAAAGGUUCUAACAACUAAUAAAUUGAUCAACAAAGAAAAAAAAUGCUUUGAUCAUUUAUUCAUAACUUCACCUGUUCUUUAAGGAAAUGUAUGGAGAUCACUCUGCAGAAAUUGUUUGCGGAUAAUGUGUACAGUAUCCAAAAGUACAUUACUACGUCUCCAUUAUAUUUCUUCCUUUUCCUUUGUUAGCAGUGCUGUUUAACUAAAUGAAAUAAGCACCCCGCCAAACUUGGUUCUUACAAGGUACUUUAGACCUGUGAAACCCAAUGACGUCUUACACUGCGCACUUACGACAAAGAAGAACGAGUGCUUUUGAUGGUGACAUAAAAGCAUUGCGAUUUAUUGGGCUAUAGGUUUAACCCUCUAUGUCAAUCGCAAUGCCUUGUAGUUAAAGCCUGGGACAGUGUGUAUUGUACCUUUGUAUUGUUUCCUUCGGCCGCUUAUCGUGGUUUUGUGCGUUCUUAGUUUAUUCGUACCAUAUAUUUUACAAACGUCUUUGCAUAAUUCGCAUAAAUUUGAACUUCCACAGCCCCAGAUAUUGCUCCUACAAACCUGACCGCGUACAACACAAGCUCCACAUCGAUCAUGGUUGAAUUUCAGGCAUCUUCCCCGGCAAAACUAAAUGGCAUUAUCCGAAAAUUCUGCUUUACCUACUCAAAAGCUGCUGAUGCAAAUACAGCCGUUCGGACGUGCGCCGCUCACCGACAGCACAGCAGACGACGAAGAUCAGCGCCAACAAACAGCAGCGUUUUCAAGUUCGAAUUGACGGGUUUGGAUGAAUACACCGUGUUUUCUAUACAAGUGUCGUUUUACACAGUGGAUUUAGGUCCUUAUAGUGAAGUGGUCAACGUCUCUACGGAUGAGGGAGGUAGGGUUUUACUUAUGAUGGCUGUUGAAAUAAAUAAAUAAAUAUAUAGAGAGAAUAUUACACGGUGGCGCGAAGGUAUGAAUUCUAUUUUCGAGUGGCAAAACAAUAUUUUACUCACUCGCUGUGCUCGUUCGUAAAAUAUUGUUUUUGUCACGAGAAAAUAAAGUUCAUAUCUUCAUGUCGCCGUGUAAUGUUCUUUUUAUUAUAUAGACAAAAAGACAUUGAUAAAAUAAUAGAGGGAAAGUACCGAAAUUACGUCAUCGAUAAACUCAUGUGUGAGAUUAUGGAAAAUAAACCACUCGGUUCCCGGAUGUAGUUUUUAUUAAUUUUACGAGUGUUAUAUUUUCCAGAAAAAAACACUCGUGUCUAGAAAAUAAACAUAAAUACGUUCAGUGUGGGUAUAGAAGGACAACGGGACCCGGAUCUGAUAUCUAAGGCUUGCCCUGAGCUUAGACUUUCUAAAAGUCCUUUAUUUUUUUCCCUAGUUGGUUAUGCCAUUUUAAAGGUCUUUCCAUACCUAUUUGGCGCGAAAUUCACCGGUCGAAAAUUCAACCGGUGACGUCAUGACAAUUGGCCAAUAGAACAGUGAGUGAUAUUUCACGCCGCUUCCGACUCAGCAUAUGUCAAUCAUUUUUUGCCGCGUGAAUUUAUAAUAUGAUUCAAAUCCACUGAGAUCUGGCGAAACAAGUCGACCUCGAGACUUCGUCGUUUGCUCGGUCGCUGCGCGACCUCAUGCAUUGAAGCACGCUUCGCUCACUUUUAAGAUCUAAUGAGAGGUUGACUUGUAGCAAGUCUAGCCUGAGCUAAGAUGUAUCCCAAGGUUAAUAAUUUUACGGCCAGUAUGGCAUUAGUGUUAAGAAGUAGUACUUACGAGAUAUCUUAGGACGGUUGUCCCUGAUACAAAUUUCUGGCAUAGUGGCAGAGGCUAUAAAUUGCUCUAUUAUUUGGACGAAUGCUCGAGCGGUCAAGGUGAAGUGAAUCCUGUGUUUUGAUUGGCUACUUGCCCAUCUUGCCCGCCCGAGAUUGCCCUCGUUGGUCCCGCAAGAAAAAGUUGCCUUUUUGUCUAUGAAAUAAUAUCCUUUAUUGACCAAGCUUGUUUGUCCAAGAUAGCUGGAAAUUCUCCUCGGUUUUUUUUUUCGCCUUUUUAUUGACCUCAUCUUCGCCUCGGGCAACAUUCAACCAUCUUGACUUCACGCUCGGUCAAUAACGCAUAUUUUUUGUGUACAGGGUCAGCAUUUCCAACUUGUUUGCCUCACGGGUGAGCUCACGGUAUACUUUACUGAGCACCUGUUAAAUGGUUUAUUUGUUUUUUUUGCCCACUUUCACAUAUAUUUUUAGUACCCAGGGCUCCUCCGUUUCAAGUGACCGCGUUCAACAGCAGCGUCACAAGCAUCCUGGUCACGUGGCAAAGCAUAUCCCAGUCUACGAUACCUGGUAUCUUACUCGGUUAUGUCGUGCGCUACAUAAAAGCGAUUGCUCCAGACGUCCUGAACUUCAUAGAAAUAAAACACGACUUGAGUACGUAUAGAAAUAUCACAAAUCUAGAGGUGUAUACCUUGUAUAAUAUAUCCGUGGCGGGAUAUACACGCACUGGGGCAGGAAAUUUUAGUGAAACACAGAGUUGGACAGAUGAGGGAGGUAAGAGUCACAAUGCAUUUCAUUGACACUUGAUUACCAGCCGCCAGGACUUGGUCAAUAUUUCUCAAACUCAUUAAUACUUCAUAAAGAAAAUACAAAAGAAAACAAUGUUUAAUGAGUGUUUGGAAAUCAGAUGAAAAACUGCGCAUUUUUUGCAUCCUUAAUUUCUCCUUCUAAAAUCAUUUUGUUUGAGACGUAAUAUCAAGCAUUUGACACAGUGUUUCAUCACCAGAUGAAAAACCUCGAAGUUCGUCAAAACACUCCGCUGCGCGUCGUAUUUUCAACACUCUUCUCAGUGUUUCAUCUGGUGAUGAGACACUGCGUCUCAUGCUUGAUAUAUUACGUACUUUAUAUUUGACUUGGUCAUUUAUCAUCCUAACAUUUCUGUACAUUCAACAGUUGCCUUGUAGUAACCUUUAUAAAGACAUUCUUUGAUGACAAUCAUAAUUAGUGCAACUUAUGAGCAAACAUUAUUUAUAGUCAUACAUAGCUAUCUUUAACUUAAUAAAACAACAGAUCUAGAGUAAUAGGCUAGCAGACUAAAGGCCUGACUAACGCAGAGAAAUUGUGAAAUUUCUGGUUUUUGCCAAACCGUACAACAAACGUUUUGUGAAAAUGACUUUCUGUCACUUUGACUUGAUGACUCUCUUUUUAACUUUUCAAAUGAACUGCUUGUGCUACUGACCAAAUAGCUGUCUGUUCCAAUUUCGUCAUCACUGUCGACGGCAACAAUAACGGCGAUGGCUACGAAAACGUCAAUUAAAGAGUGAAGUCGCGCUGCUUGAACCUUUAUCGCACUUAUUCCAUCUCGUUCAAUUCGUCAUACGCUAGCAAUAUUUCUGGAGACUGUAUGGAAGUUAAGGAAAAAAAAUUAAGUAGUUGUGUCGUGUUCAUGUCCUCAAAAAAACGCGAAGUUUGGAAGUUCAACGUCGUAGUCUUGCUGUGAUGGCCAAGAAAUGUACAAAAAAGUUGUUGUUUUGCUAAUCUAAACCUAUUCCUUUUUAGUCGUUUUCGUUGCCGUAGCUGUCGUCGUUGCUUAAGCUCCUCAAUGACUCCCAUCUCAAAGACUAAAUGACUGUCUGUCUUAUUGACCUACUGCUUGUUCGUCCCACUAACAAAAGAUUGUCAGGACUUACUAAAUGAUGUCUGUACCAGAUAAUGUAGUGUAUAAGACACAGACCCAAUGAAGACGUGACUACUUUACGAGGUGCAAGUUUUACCCACUAUACUACUCGCCCCGGUUGUUCAAAAGUUGGAUAGCGCUAUCCACCGGAUAAAUCACUAUCCAGCGGAUAAGUAUUGCGAAAACCAAUUGGGCUAUCCACUGGAUAGUAAUUUACCCAGUGGAUAGGGCUAUCCACCUUUCGAACAACUGGGCCCUGAUAUUUAUGUUUGCUUCACAAUAGUCCCCGAAGGACCUCCAAUCAACGUAACCGGGACUUCCUUCAGCACCACGAGCAUAAACCUCGAUUGGCUUCCAGUAUCGGAAGAACUUCGGAAUGGUGUCAUUCGGAAAUACGAGGCUUUUAUCUACGGUGCCUAUGGCUACAACGAGCAAAUGACCGUUCAAGCUCCUACUCGCACAGCGGUCUUUGAGGGGCUUGUAAUUUUUUCUAACUACUCUCUUAAAGUGCGCGCCUUCACCAGAAAAGGACCUGGCCCUUGGAGCUCAUUGAUAAAUACAACCACAAGUGCUGGAGGUAUGUUUCUUGUGACUUCAUGUUUAAAUUUCUGUCGGCCCGCAGUCCUAUCUACCUUGGCCCAGUUAUUCGAAGGCAAAUUCAGAAUUCUUGUUUCUCUUGUUUAGAGACGUUUUUUUUUUCGGCCCAAGUAAGGGAAUCUGGAAUCCUGGACUUUGGAUUCCGGAUUCCACUAACGAUUGGAAUCCAGUUCCACUGAUAAAGAACACUGAAUCUAGUACCUGGGCGUCUCGACGUGUGCAAACAUCAAAUUGAAGGCAAAGAGAAUUUCCACGAAUUUACUUGGAAAGUUUUCAGAUUCAAGUUUAAAUUUCGUGAUUUUGCUCGGGAUAUCUUCACUCUAACUAGAACCGCUCGGCGCUUGUUUUCUCGCUCAGUUUGUGUCGCUUGAAAGUGCAUUCUUUUUAAAUUGUUCAUGUCCAUGCUUUAUGCAUUUGCUAUUUUAAGAAUGAAGGACGUAAAAAAUCAAGAGGAUUUAACGUACCGUAAAUCCUCUAUUAAGCCCCCCGUAGGCCGGAGGACUUAUUUACUUCAGGCCCAUUUGAGGGGGGGGGGGGCUUAAGAGAGAGGGGGGCUUAUUUAAUUUAGAAAAGACGAUGGUGUCAGUUCUCCAUAACGAACUAGAAUACAAAGUGGAGAAGCUCAAGAACAAGAAGGUUGGAGGUCAUGCAGCCGAGGACCAGAAUCAAAUCCGAACUUCCAGUUGGUAAAUAAACCAUCCCGGAUCAGUCCACACGAAGUUUUACAGUCGGGAUUGAUUAAUACAGUCUCUCAUUUAUUAGUGAAGAAUAACUAGGGGAGGGAAGGGGGCCUAAUACAGGAGAGGGCUUAUAAACUCUUUUUCCCUGAAAAGGGGGGGGGACUUAUUAGAGGGAGCGGGCUUAUUUGAAAGGGGGGCGUAAUAGAGGAUUUACGGUAAGUUCUAACAGGCAAUUCUCACAAGUAGCGAGAAAGGACUCUCAAAACCCAGUUGGGUUCCCUGUAAAGAUUUUGCGUUGGUAAGAGAUGGAAAACCUGUGAUGGUUAAGAACUCAGCGCAAAAUACAAUCUAGAGGCUGAGCUGAGCUUCACGCCCUGACAUUUCCCCGCGGAUGUUUUAAGGAGUUGAUGGAUAGGAAAGACAGCGAGGAGGACUUGAAUUGGGGUACCCACCAUAUUAAAGUUGUUUAUUACUUUAUCUGGUGAAUUGACUGAUCGGUGUAGUGAUUUAUCUUUUCUAGCCCCUGAUAAAACGCCGGUGAACGCUACUGCUCAGGCCACAAGCGCCACGACGAUUCAAGUGACCUGGAGCCCAGUCUCUUUGCAAGAUGAGCCAUUUCUUCAAGGGUACCGCAUUAAAUAUUACCGUGUCGAUCAACCUGAUCUUGUCAGCAACUUUGGAGCUGGUAAAAAUGACAUCCAAACACUGUUAACUGGUUUAAAGCCAUUCACAACUUACGCUGUAAGAGUUGCAGCAUUUGCUACUGAAGACGGAAACUUCACCGAUCCUUUGUAUGUAAAAACAUGGGAAUGGGGUAAGAGAGAGAGAUUUCAAAUUUUAUUAUGUAUGUCAGUGAUUUACGACUACCACAUAAGCUCAAGAGUAGGUACGAUAUGCCCCCAGUGGGACUGGAGGUGGAUCGCUACAACGAUUCUACGUUCCUUGGUCGUUCUAAACAGGAAUAUGGGUUAUUCUUUGCCUCCUUUGACCUCUUUACUGCCAAAGGUGGCCAAAGUCAAAAUUUAAAUGUCAUGCUGAAAAACAAAUAGUACCAAUUGAAAGAACUACCAAAGAGGUUUCAGUCUGCCUAUGACAUAAAGCAGCGUAUUUCUGGCGACUUGGUUGGACAUGUUUUCUGUCUGAAGAGAUGAUUUCUUUGUCUUCCUGAAGUGGCGCUGUGAUCAGAAAUCAGAACAGAUUUGAGUAAGAUUUACCCUGGUUUUAGAGGAUCUUGGUUCCAUCCUCUUCUCGAAUGACCUACCUUCUAUCCGGGAGGGGGUACUUCCUUAUAAAGGGCUAAUGGAGAUGUGCCGCUGGAUGGGGUCGUAUAAGUUAAUCCAAGUACCCCCCUCCCUGCCCCGGGCCUUCUACCAACUUAGUUAAUGGACCUGUGUUUUGUUGUUGCAGUUCCAACAGCUCCACCUUCCAAACUCGGUAUCGUCAUUCUUGAUUCUCAAAGCCUAUUGAUUCAUUGGGAUGAAGUGCCCCCGGACCACCGAAAUGGCAUCAUUCAAGGAUACGCACUAAAGUACUCAUCUUUGACGAAUGGCACCAGCGCUGUGAUCACUCUGGGAGAAUAUGACUUUUCUUUUAAGCUUAAGUCGCUUCACAAGGCCUCCGUUUAUAAGAUUCGUGUUUGGGCUUUCACGCGCGUUGGACCUGGUAAUUUUGCCUCGCAGACUGUUAUGACGGAAGAGGACGGUAAGAGGAAUGCUUCUCUUCGUCAGGGGUCGUUUCAAUCGCCUAGUUUUAAACCGAGAGGGGCUGGGUACAAGUCCGUUUAUUAUGGGGUAAACAACACGAGACCCAUGUAAUCGAUAAGAGCACAUUGAAAUUAGCAACAUUCUCAAGUUUGGUGUUUAUCAGGCUCAUAUUGAACGAGAUACAGCCAUCCAAAAACUCCAAAAUUUACCAAGAAAUAUAUAGACGUCGGACGGUGUGUCCCGCAAUCCAAACAUCUCUUAUAAAUUUUCAAGGUUUUGAAUCGCUUUGUCCUGUUCAAUAAUGGCCCGAUCGACACCAAACUUCAUAUUUUUCGUAACCUCGAUGUGCUCUUUCUGCCUAUGGGGGUCUAGUGUUAUUUAGCCCAUAAUAAACCGACUCGUACCCAGCCCCUCUCGGUUUGAAACUAGGCAGAUGUGGCCUGCGUUCUCAUGCAGAUCGUGCCCAACUAUACUGGGGUGGUAGGGUAGAUCAAGGAGCGUGGUCUAUGAUACUACAAACCGGGGACAGUUAAAAUUUGCGUGAUAGGAUUACACCCUAAAAAAACGUGUAAACGUGUUGUUCAACCUGCUUUCAAAAUAGCUGUAUUUCACGUCAAAAUCUGUCCUGACCAUCCAUUGUUUCAUUCACAGUUCCCAGUCAACCACCACCCAACAUUGAAGCUCAAAAUCACACAAGUUUAACAACAAUACCCAUUUCCUGGGAACCUGUUCCUACUGAAUUCCUUCACGGUUUUUUAGCGGGGUAUCGUGUGACCUACCAAGCCGUAAAGAUUGGCGACUUAACAGCGGAGGGUGAUCUUAUCAGUGAAGAUGUUGGACGAUCAAUUACUUCUAUGACGUUACAGGACCUCGAACCUCUUGCGGUUUAUAAGAUAACUGUGGCCGCGAGAACUAAGAAGGGACCUGGGCCCGAGGGUAUCACGUUUGGAGGUGAGUCAUACGCCGAUCAGUUCGAAACUUCAAUAUCCCCCGGGCAAACCCCGACUCCGCGUGACUUCUCGCGAUUCCUCCCAAAUGAAGACUUUGGUCGCAGGCUACAGUGCUUUAUGCACCACGAAUCAUCAGGUUGAACGUCAAGUGCACCAACUACAGCACGGUGUCUUUAGGUAUAGAUGAGAAAACCUUUGUGACAUUCAAGCGUUCCAUCAGGCGUAAAACUCUUAAUUACUUCACCGAUUAUGUUACUGUGCUUCGUGGUGGCAACAACAUUGCCUACCACAAGUUGCCGUCCCAUAUCCAGUUCGAAGGACCAUCUUCAGUUAUUUUUUCCAAAUAGAGCAUCAUUCUGCAACACUUUCCCUUAACACCCUUGUUCAGGAUGGUCACCUCAACGGACUAACACAGUGUCUAACCAUCAGCUUAACAAACAAACUCUUAUCUGUUUUACAGAGACAUGCCGAUGUCGUUCGCAUUUGACAACGAACUGGAGAAAUUAUCCGCCUUACGUGAACUUGAAUUUCGGAAACCUCACGUCUGGUUAUUCUUCUGGUUUAAUAAUCCCUAAGCUGUUGACCCACGUCGUGGAUCAGUGCUGUGGGUGGUGUCAGGAACAUAACAGGUAAUCGGGCUUUAUUUUGUUGUUAUUUUUGCUGCCUAAUACAAAACGCUUUGGAACCUUUUCUCAAGCAAACCUUUGUAUUGCAGAAAGCUUAAUAGGCCAUUUCCAACUUCCUGUAGAGAACUGACUAAUCUGUAAGUUGCGCGCCCGCCAAUGUACGAUUUUCUGGAUCAACGUCAAACUGUGUUCCGUGUGACGGUGUGUUUGGCAUGAUUUUCUUUAAAACAAUUUCUAAUGAGACAAUUAUUAGAUUCAAUUUUUGUGAUAUCCGAAAUAAUCAAGGUGUCGGUAAGUGUUAUCACCUGAGGCCAACGAUAAGCGUAAAACAUGUAUUUAAUCUAUUUGUAUCGCGUCAUUCAUUUUUACAUCACACUUGGCAGGUUAGGUUGGUUAGGUCUGGGAUGGGGUCAUGUAUCUUUCGAGGGGUGUCGAUCGAUGUAUCGACAGAUAUCUCGAUCGACAGUCGAUCGACAUAUCGGUCACUAUGUCGGUCGAGAGUCGACCGAGUAUCGGCCAAGUGUCGGUCGAGAGUUGGUCGGAUAUCGGUCGAGAGCCUGUCGAGUAUCCACCGAUAUGUUGGCAACACUUGGCUACAGUCUAUCGGUCAAUACUCGGUCGAUAAUUGGUCGAUAGUCGGCCGAUACUUUGCCGACGUAUCGUGUGCCUUCACCGGCGAGUUUUUUCUCAGGAGGAUUCCCCAAGCAUUAAUCUCGACAGCCAUCAGCACCUCUAUGAAAUCGCUUCUGUCUGAGAUGUUGAUGUGUUUAAAAUAAAAAAAACUCUCUAAGGACUUGAAUGGGAAUUAUUUCACCAGGAAGGAAAUUAACGUGUAAUUAUAUCAUUUAACUCAACAGAUCAAGGUUAGAUUUCAGGCUGAACGGAAAUAACCAGGCAGCCCAGCAGACAACCAUCGAGCAAUUUAGAAAAAACAUUGACAGCCAGACGGACUUCUCAUUCCCUGUAAUAGGCUACAAGUUACAAGACAGUUACAAGGGAGGUCUUGGGUAUUCGCCUUUCGUGGAAUCAGCGGGCGUGGUGUUUAUCGUGUAUACAGACAAUUCUAAUGUAAAAGAUACCAUGGUUUCGGCUCUUUUUGCUUGCUGGCCUAUUGUGCUGAUACCCUUUAUCAUGGCUUAUAUUGCUGGUUUCUUCAUUUGGGUGCUGGUACGUGCCUUCAUGUUUUUAUCUGUGUGCAAAUUGUGAUAAACAAAGCCCUACUCUGGAACCUUAAGUCGCCUUAAAUUGCAUAACUUUUGAAGCAAGUUUUCCUCAAGUGGCCUUAAGUUACCGCUACUAAAGGUCCCACAGUCGAACCUUUCCAGAAAGUCCAUCAUAGUGAAGAGGUACCUAGCUGUUGUUGGGGGUGAGGGUUGGUUUCUUACUGUAGAGGGGUUUAAAAAAUAUUGAAUGUAGGUAUCUGUCGGGAUAAUAACCAGUGGUCGUUAUAAACCAUGUGGCCUUUGUUAGCGAUUCGGCUGUGCUGCAAUGAUCAAUCUCAUCGUAUCGUCCUUGACAACUUAUUAAACCCCAAACGCUAGUAACGUUGUCAGUAGCGGUCUACUCUCUGAUCUUGCAUUGCUAUUAUUCCUAAACACUUCUCAUAACAAAUUUAGCAAGUCAACUUACUUAUGUUCUAACAAAGACAGCUCAUCCGUCUAAGAAAUUUCAUUAUUUCCUUUGUUUGUUUGUUUGUUUCUUUCUUCAUUUAUGUAUUUAUUCAUUUAUUCAUGCAUAUAUCUAUUUAUUUAUUCAUUUAUUCAUUCAUUGACAGGACUCACAAUCAAACACCGAACACUUUCCAGGGUCAUUUCUCCGUGGAACUUGGGAAGGACUCUGGUGGGCCUAUGUUUCCAUGACAACACUAGGGUAAGCCUUUUAAUGUUUUUUUUUAUGCGUGACACACUGAUAUUAUUUUAUAUCUUCCCGCAUAAAAACUUUACUGACUUUCUUUGAAGACUACGAACGCUUUGGCAUGAAACUAUCUAUCUAACUGUCAACUACCAAUCAAAUAUCAUAAACAUGAUGGCUAAAAAUGUUCUUUGUGCUUAUAGCUAUGGUGACCGCUGCCCAGCAGGUAACAUUGGGCGCGCUUUCGCCACUGUCUGGGUACUCAUAGGACUCGUGGUUGUCUCGCUGAUGACUGGUGCACUAACAACAGCAUUGACCUCGAUCACACAGACUUCUGGGGUUCAGAUAUAUGGAUCUAAGGUAAAGAUGCCAGCCGAAUCACACGGUUUCGGUGGUGCUUUAUCACAGUUAACAGUCAUUAUUCCACGAGUGAGCGUUGGAUAUGAGUUGGCAAAAAUCAUCUCAUAUCCAACAACCGUGAGUGGAGUAAUUGUUUUAUUAAAAACGCCCACAAAAUAUUGAGAAUUCUUCCCCACUUUAUUUGUAAAAACAACCGAUUUUCAGCUUGUUUUUAAUUUUGAGCAGACGCGUAGAGUUACCAUAUUUUGAGAGCAUGGUAUAAUGGCUCAUAUACCAUGAUGGCUAAGCCAAUCAGAGCUCUAGAACUGUAUUAUCCUGUGAUUCAGUUUUUGAUAAUAAAGUAUAUACAGUGGAACCUCAACGAAGUGCCAAGGGACCGGCAAAACAUGCUCCCUAUAAGGUGGAUUCGUUAUAUCGAGGUUCUUUUUCAUCUAUUUUACUAUUACUGGGGUAAAGAAAAUUGUUUUUUAUACCGAGGACUUCGUUAUAAUUAUAGAAGUUCGUUUAAUCGAGGUUCCACUGUAUACAUGUAACUUAACUCUGUUGAUGUCUAACUGAAAUCGCUACGAGGGCUUUUCAUAGUAGACCGGUUCAUGCCGAGUAUUACCUGCGUGUUCUUGUGUCCCGGACAACCAUUUUAGCUUCAGGAUGGAACUCACAGCAUUGAAGUCGGACAUCGAAGUUACACCAGAAGCUGUCAGUAUAUAACGUUUUCUACCCUGCGAAAACAUCCGUUUCUCCACGCUCGUCGCCGCUGGGGACGUUUCGCGCGGAGGAACGCGUACGUCUGCGACUCAGCGACAGAAAUUCCAUACUGAUGACGUAAAAUAUGUCCAGAAUCCGGUCAGGAGCCCUGAUUGGUCGACGGAGUAGUUACAUUGUUUUAGCUAUUGUUUACGAAUAACAGACAAAAGACAAAAGGCCACAAAGGUCAAAUGUAAAUGCGAUGAAUCUCUAACAAAACAGUCAAUAUUUGUGGAAUAUAGUCUUCUCUAGAACAAGCAUUUGAGUUUUGCUGGAGCUCGUUCGCAGAUGAACACAACACUUACCAAAGUCGUCCAGGAGAAACCUAAAAUUGAAGAAAUUUACAGUUGGAACCCCAUGACUACCGGAUUUAUUAAGUAAACAUUGAUUUGCGUCAUCAGUAUGGAAUUUCUGUCGCUGAGUCACAGACGUUCCUCCGCGCGAAACGUCCCCAGCGGCGAAGAGGGGGGAGAAACGGAUGUUUUCGCAGGCUAAACGUUUUCCCGAUGUCUGUAUCAACAUGCAAUGGGCGACAAAAAAAGUCGAGACACAAACAGGAAAACAAGACAAUGCGGAGCCCAUCCCCACCCCCAAAACCACUGUUAACUCUUUUGUUAUUGUCGUUUCCUGCAGCUAUGUUAUAAACAGCAGUACAAUAUCUUUUGUGGCAUAUUAGCGAAAGCAAAGGCUACCUUUUUUUCCAUUUUUAAAGGAGAUAGUCCUUUUAAAACGUGAAAACGGCCUUUUAGGACAAAGUGUCCCUUUUUGUUGGAAACUUUUUUACGUCAUCAUUUAUUUUGUCGGUUUUUAGAUUGGAGCAAUUCAAGGUUCACCCGAGUACAAUCUCGGAAUCAGGAGAAAUGCGAUUAUGAACAAAGGUGAGGGAAGCGUUUGAUGUUUUUAUCAGGGUGCGUGACAUUUUUUUGUACAUUUCUUAGCUCUCACUGAACGACUACGACGUGAAAACCCCUAAUUUAUCACUUGCACAUCUCCCAUAAUAUCCCUUGUUUGACCCCAAAAUUUUGCAUAACCUUAGUUUUUCAUUUCUCCUGGGUAUUACAGCCUUCCGAAGAGAAAUUGAAAACAAUGCUUUUGCAAAAAUUUGGUGGACAAAUAAGGUGCAUUAUGGUAGAUGUGCAAGUUGCGAAUUUCACUUUUUAUGGAGGACGUAAACAAGCGAAGACGAAAUUUUCUCUCUUUCUAAACUUGAGUGCAGUGCCCAAGAAGUCAACUCCAGCGGCAAAUUUUGAAAAAAACGCGAGUUCAUUUUAGAAGUGACGUUUUCGCUGCUGUCGCCGCCGUCAAUGCUUCUAAGCUUCCUAUUCAAAGGAGUUAACAACGAGAAGCGCCAGCUGUGCUAGUGGUUAUAGUGGCUGGUUUAUAGGUGCUUGCGCCCAAGUUCCUGCAUCACAUACGUAACGUAUGUUUUUUAUGUAUA